ACAAAUUUAGCUAUAUUUUUUAUUAUAAUUGAUCGAUAUUUCACUGUUCAAUUUUUUUGCAAAAAAAAAAGAUAUUUCACUGUUCAAAGUUAAGAAAGUUUCCCGCACCAAACCGUUUCAAGGUCUUCCGACUCAAAACUCUUUUCAAAAUCAUCCAGACAUGUGUGUUUGGGUAGUAAAUAGUUUUUUUUUUCUCUCAAAAGUUUAUUUAAUAAAAGCCCAAGGCCCAACACGCUUACAAGGCCUACACCUAUUAAGCCCAACUAAGAACCCAAAAAAAAUCUCAAGCUCAAGACAUGCCCUAGGCCCAAGAGAGAAACGGAUGUCGGCUGCAUUCCAUCGCGAUCCACAGCAUCACCGCCGCCUCGACUACCACCGGAGAACCACCCACCGAUUCACCGAGCCACACCAGAGCUCUUAGACUCCACACCUUCUUCACUGCGAUUGCCAACCCUCCCAGGUACGCCUAAUCUCGGAGAGAAUCAAUCGUGACCGAGAUCUCAUCCGCUAUAGUUCAAUACAGGGACCAAGGAGGAGGCUUCGCUCAAACAUCAACCUUUCCACCGAGAGCUUUCAUCGUCCUCCGACAAGAUCUCAUCCAACAAACCCGAACCAACUUCACUUAACAAGUGAACAACAACAAAAAUAAUCGAAAGAAACUAAACCCUAGAAAGGAACUAAGGGGCCAGAAGCCGGCAACAAUGGAACUGUAGGAGUCUCCACGUUCCGGAAGCUUAGCCGACGCCACAGAGCUGAAGAAGCCUCCACAACCCAGGAACUUUAUCGGCGAUGCAAGAGCUAUAGGAGCCUCUACAUCCCGGAACAAAAACAACGCUGAAAUGGAGAUAUGACUGUCCUACCUCCUCGCCGCGAAUUCAGAGGAAGAAGAGUUGCAAAGAACCGAGCUCUUCCCGGAACAAAACCCUAACCCAGAUCCGCGCGCAUGUCAAAGAGAAUCGACAGAUCGGAGCAACCACACGAGAACUUGAACGGAAUGACAAGGAAGAGAGCCAUCGACGCCGGUACGCGCUCGGACGCGUCACCGUAAGCGUCACUGGCUGCCUUACACUCUUUCUAUCUCUUCUCUGUCUUUGCUUACCACUAGGUCGUAAAUAGUUUACUUAUAUGGAUGUUUUUAUAAUAAACACUAUUUAUACUGCAUUUUUUAUUUUACAAAAUACAAAUAGUUUGUUUAAAUAACAGGGAUAGAAUAUACAUACCAUAACCCUAUUUGAUCCGAUGCAGAUCCCUUUUUUUUUAAACACUGGUAGUUCUAUUAAAACAUGAAACAGAUUACAAUAGCCCGGCGAUAAACAAUCCCGAGAAUCAAAGUCCAGCGAACAACACAAAGUCCCUGGAAAAUUAAGCCCACAUAUGGGAGUCUACAUGAAAACCAUAAACAACACCCAUAACUAGUACAACCUAAAAACAGAUCAAAUGAAAUCCAGAAACUUCAAUGAAAGAAACAUGCAAGAGACAUCAACAAAACACAUUUGAACAAAGACAAAUCGCAGAAGCAAUCUUGGCCAAACCCACGACUUGCGAAUCCUCCUAUAGUGAAUAGCCCAAGCAAUUUAAGAACAAAGCUUCAAACACCAGCAAGACAUAAUCACUUCAUGAUCGAAAGUCUUCAACCGGAGACGGCUAUGACGGUAAGAAACCGACUUGAGAAACCAGAAGGAAGCUUGAAUAGAGAAAGAUCUCGAUCAGAUCUAUUGAUUAAUGACAAGGAGCGAAACAGAACAUCUCUAGAUUAAACAGUCUCGAAGGACCGAGAAAGAAGAAGAUCGAUACUGAGAUGAACCAAAGGCUUUGGAAUCAAUCAUGCAUGUUCUUCAAUCAGUUACUGGAUUCGAAACAAAAGCGGAUCUGAGUGAAGAGAAAGUGAGAGCAAGGUUGACUAGUUAAUGCAUGCAUCAGAUGCUCAACAAACUCUCUUAUUCUCUCCAAAAAUGACAAAAACGCUAGAUCGAAAUCUAGAAGGAAAUCAAGCCCGAUGAGAGAAUAAGAUCCAAAAAGAGAGCAUGGAAGACAAAGAGAGACAGAUUCCGACUCCAGCUCUAAGUGAGCAGCCGGAGUCGGCUAAACGGAAAAGCGACAGAAACAACCAGAAGAACUAGAGAGAAGGCGGAGAGAAUGAAGAGGAGAGAGAGGUUUAUAUUGUUUUCCGAUGCAGAUCCCUACUAUUUCUUAGAUAGUAGAUAUUUAUUACUUUAUAGAAUCGAGUGACAUCCAGACGUAAUUUUGCCCUACCCUCAUAUAUGGGUUAUUUUGCCAAUAACUGAGUUUUUUUUCUUCUGAUAAACCAAAAGAAUAUAGCAAUAAACCUAAGGAAUAUAGCAUUCUAUUCUCGAAAUUCAGUGUAUGAAAUUUGUGUUAUAAACCUGUAAGUUUUACCUCUCCAUGAAGCUGGUUAACGGUAUGAUAAAUUAAGUGGUAUAUGCGCCAUUUUAAAGGUGGACACUACUUAAAUUCUUUUAAAAGACUAACACAUACAAAGUUAGUAUAGAUAAAUAAUUUAAAACAAAAUAUAAAAUAUGUAUCUGAUAUAAAUAGUAUAUAUAUAUUAGUGUUUAUCAUUUUUCAGCAUUUUGUAGUGAUUAUCCAAAAGAAAAAUAGUAUGACAAAUGAAAUUAAAAACAACAUCAACAAUACUUAACUUUAUUGUAAUAGAUGUGUAUAAUAGUAUAGACAUAUGAAUUAGAAACAAAAUAUACACAAAUUGUGUUAUAUUUUAUCUUUAUUUUUUAAAUAAAUAUAUAAUAUGAAUUAUUGUUAUUCUAGUCAAAACAAUUAACCUACCUUAAAAAUAUAUCUGUCUUUUCUAAAAGUACUAGUGAUGAAACUUAUUAUAUUUUAGUAUAUUUGUGAGAUUAAAUAUUUGAUUUUUAUAAGGUUGAAAUACAAAAAAAAAAUAUAAGAUACAAAAAUACUUUGAAUAUUUUGGUCAACUUUUUAUAGUUUUUUUUUGUCAAUUAUUAAUGUUUUCUUAGUCAUUCAGCCUUAUUUCAGGUGUAUGUCCACCACUUAGAUAAAAAAAAAGUCCUCGGAGUUGAAUUAUAUUUUCAACAUCAUCAUUUACGGUUCGACUAUUAUCGAAAACGACCCCUGAAUUGAGAGUACCCGCGCAGAGAUCAUCCUCCUAGUUCCUAAGUCUGAACUCUUAAGUGUUUUCUUUAUUCCAAUGUUGAAAAUUCUAAUUUCAUUUCUCUUUAAAUUGAAAUUCACAUUCACUCGGAAAAAUAGUAAAAAAACAAAAAAAAAAGAGUGAACACAUAACUCAAAAACAUGUCAACUUUCCUCUGCUUCCUCUGGCUUACGCUACUUCUCUUAGUAACACUAAUCUUCAGGAAAAAGUUUAAAACCUCAAAACUAAACCAUCCUCCAGGCCCAAGAAAACUUCCUAUCAUCGGAAACUUACACAACCUCGAAGGAUUACCACACAAAUGUCUCCAAAAUCUCUCAAAAAUCUACGGACCGGUGAUGAAACUCCACUUCGGUUUUGUCCCUAUAGUCAUAAUCUCUUCAAAACAAGCAGCAGAAGAAGUUCUCAAAACCCAUGACCUAGAUUGUUGCAGCCGACCAGAAACCGUAGCGACCAAGAAAAUCUCUUACAACUUCAAAGACAUUGGAUUCGCUCCGUACGGGGAAGAAUGGAGAUCUUUGAGGAAGCUUGCUGUGAUGGAGCUACUCAAUUUGAAAAAACUCAACUCUUUUAGGUAUAUAAGAGAAGAAGAGAAUGACUUGUUCGUCAAGAAACUCUCCGAAGCUUCUGUGAAACAUUUUCCUGUGAAUCUGACAAAAGCCCUUUUCACUUUAAUCGCUAGUAUCGUGUGUAGACUCGCGUUCGGUCAGAAUCUUCACGAGUCCGAAUUUAUCGAUGAAGAUGGUAUGGAGGAAUUAGCGUCUAGGUCGGAGAAACUUCAGGGGGAGUUCGCUUUCUCUAAUUACUUUCCAGGAGGUUGGAUUGUUGAUAGAAUUACGGGUCAAAGCAAAAACUUAGAAGGAUUAUUCUCAGAGCUCGACGGUUUCUUUAACCAAGUGCUUGAUGAGCAUCUAAAGCCAGGGAGAAUAGUGUUAGAGAGUCCAGAUGUGGUAGAUGUGAUGAUCGAUAUGAUGAAUAAACAAGGCGAAGAUGGUCAUUUUCAGCUCACUACUGAUCAUAUCAAAGGAGUCAUCUCUGAUAUAUUUCUUGCCGGAGUAAACACAAGUGCUACGACCAUACUUUGGGCAAUGACUGAGCUAAUAAAAAAUCCAAGUGUGAUGAAGAAAGUGCAAGAGGAGGUUAGGACAGUACUUGGAGAAAAGAAAGAGAAAAUCACAGAACAAGAUCUUAACCAACUUAGCUACUUCAAGCUAGUGAUCAAAGAGACAUUCAGAUUACACCCAACAGCUCCACUGUUAGUACCAAGAGAGACAAUGUCACCAAUCAAGAUUCAAGGCUACGACAUUCUCAAAAAGAACCAGAUCAUGAUCAACGUGUACGCGAUAGCACGCGACCCGAAAACUUGGGAGAAUCCGGAUGAGUUUAAACCGGAAAGAUUUGCUGAUAGUUGUAUUGAUUACAGAGGACUAAACUUCGAGCUUCUGCCCUUCGGUUCUGGUCGGAGGAUUUGUCCCGGUAUGACGAUGGGGAUCGCGAUGGUCGAAUUAGGAUUGUUGAACUUGCUUUACUUCUUUGAUUGGGUACUGCCUGAGGGAACAACAGUGAAAGAUAUAGAUAUGGAUGAAGAAGGUGCCCUUAUUAUUGGCAAGAAAGUUCCUCUUGAACUUGUGCCAACGCGCCAACAUUAACAAAUUGAAAAAAGAAACUUAUCUUAAAAUAAGAGAAAAUACUUUUUUUUUCUCUCUAUGCUAGUUAUGUUGUAUUUCUAGGAUCCGUAAGUGCAUACAUCUGCUUCGAAUGUUACGAACCGCCCGCCCCGCACUGCAGUUAACAGUAACAAAAAUCUCUACAUAUACCAUAUAUCUAUACGUUUUUAUAACUGUUAAAACUGCACCGUAAUUAAACCGCUUGUCUCGCACCGCUCAAACCACAGUUACCAUUCGGAGCCUUAAUUUUUAUUGCCGGGGUAUUAUAUAUAUAUAUAUAUUUAAUACCAUAUAUAGUUAAUAAAUGUAUGAAGGUUUGAUGUUGAAAACUGAGACUACCUGGAAGUUUAGUUUAUUCUUUUAAGUAUAUUUUUUGAACACCGAUUAUUCUUUAACAAGAUAAGAUAUGAGCCCGUGGCGUUGCAACGGGUUUUGUUUGAUGUUUUAGUUUAAUUAAAACUAUAAAAUAAUAAAUUGUUUUAUUAUAGUUUUAUGAUUGUUUUUUUGCAUAUAUUUUUUGAGAUUUAUUUUAUAAUUAAAAACUGUUUUACACAUAAGUUCAAGUUAAUAUUUGUAUUUUAUAAUCAUGGUGCAUAGAUGAAUUGUUAUAAACUUUGUACUUAGAAUUAUACAUAACCGUUUAAACCGAACACAACCCAAAAUAAAAAAAUUGAAUAAAAAGUAAAAAGAAAUGAAAGUCAAUGACAACAUUAUACAUGUUCUUAUGUAUUAAUUUAAUGUUUUAUUAAAUAAUUCUUUAAAUUUUUAUUUUGUUAAUAUUUUUUUUAAAAAAGGAAAACAUUCUAUUUUAUAAAUAUAUUUUUAUUUAAAAUUAAAAAGAUAAAAAUAAUAAUUUCAAAUACUUACAAUUUUGUUUAAGAUUUUAGAAAAGAAAAAUUACUGUCAUAUAAUCUAUUACAAUUUUAAUCUCUUAACUUUCUAUACCGGUCCGACUGAAAAUGUUUUUAUGCCAAACUUUUUAUAAAUUACAAAUCUAAGCGAUUAUCUAAAAUCAACUCUCAAAGUUUAAGGGUGCGAUCAUACUAUCACUAAUGUACCGGAUCAUAUUAAGACUCCGCAGUUAAACAAGGUUGCCGAAAGUAGUAAUAUAAUAGGUGACCUUCUGAAAAAUCCUCGUGUUGCACCCCUUUACAUUUUUUUUAAAAAAAAGAUAUUAUUCAAAAAUAAAAGAAAAAACUCGAAAUAUUUCUAAAAGAACAUGUUGUAAAUCCCAAAACUUUUAACUUUGGAUAGAAUCUUUAGUGGUAGUAGUGAAGCUUAAGGCCAACUCCAAUGGGACACCAAAACACCAAAUUUCGUGUGAUUUCAUUUUCAACGAGACACCAAAAAUGAAAUCAUCCUAUCAAAUUUAGUGUAGAGUAAAUAGUGUUACACUAUUCAUCACACCAAAUAUUAAAUAUUGAUAUUUUAU